AUGGACGUCGAGGACGAUGCGCCGCCAUGGGAUCUCGCGGCAGGAGACGACGAUGUUUCCGAGGCGGGCGACAGAACAGCAGAGACCACCAUCCUUGCAAGACACAUCUCCUCCAAGUCGACGGGACGGGUGAAGAAACCCGGCAAGAAGAUCUCUCGCUAUGGCAUCGAGUAUCCAUCGCUUCCCACAAGUGUCGUCAAGCGGCUCGCGCAACGAUUCGCGGGCAAGGCCAAGAUCAGCUCGGACACGCUCUCGACCAUCAUGCAGGCGUCAGAUUGGUUCUUUGAGCAGCUCGGCGAUGACCUCCGAGCAUAUGCAAAUCACGCCAAAGGGCGCACGACAAUCAACGAGAGCGACAUGUUGACCCUCAUGAGAAGACAACGGCAGACGAGUGCCUCAGCAACUCCGUAUGCCCUUGCGCAAAGGCAUCUGCCUAGGGAGCUCUUACAGGAACUGCGCAUGCCUGCUCCGGCACCUGUCAAGAAGCGACGACGAAAGGCCACUGCAGGAGAGGACGAAGAAGUGGGGUGA